AUGACAAUGGUGUUCAAUGACCCUAUCCACGGCUGUAUUGAAUUGCACCCUUUGCUGGUGAGCAUUAUUGACACACCUCAGUUCCAGCGUCUGCGCCACCUCAAGCAGCUGGGAGCCACAGACUUUGUUUAUCCAGGAGCCUGCCACACCCGCUUUGAACACUCUAUUGGGGUGUGCUACCUGGCAGGCAAACUGAUGAAGGCCCUGAAACAGCGCCAGCCUGAGCUGAAUAUUACUGAGAACGACGUACUGUGUGUCCAGAUAGCAGGACUGUGCCAUGACCUUGGACAUGACCCUUUUUCCCACACGUUCGAUGGAAUGUUCAUCCCAAAAGCACGCCCGGGUUUGGGAUGGAAGCAUGAGACUGCAUCUGUGCAAAUGUUAGAUCACCUGAUCGUGGUAAACGGUCUGGAGCCAGUGAUGACGCAUCAUGGGCUGGUGCUGCCUGAGGAUUUGAUGUUUAUUAAGGAACAGAUUGCUGGACCCCUGCGUCUCUACAACCCGGGGCGGCCUUGGCCAUAUGAAGGAAGACAGCAAGAAAAAUCCUUCUUGUAUGAGAGGAACAGUGGAAUUGAUGUGGACAAGUUUGAUUAUCUUGCUAGAGACUCCUAUUACCUGGGCAUGCAAAAUAGCUUCGACCACCAACGCUUCCUGAAGUUUUUACGUGUGUGUAAGGCGGGCGGAAUGAAGCACAUCUGCCCUAGAGACAAGGAUCAGCUUGGCCUGGAGCUGAUGGAGAGCUGA